AUGCAAGAGCGCCGCAGCACGCCGGCUCCGCCUGCGACUCGGCGUCGGCAGGCGCGGCUGCGCCCGGCGACAGCACUCUCUCUUCCAGGCCGGACGCUUGCGCUCGCUCCGACGGCCCUCGUCGCCCAGCCUCGCCGCCAGGGAACCGACGACGACGACGCCGCCUUCACUGUCGCGCCAUGCCGUCGCAAGCCAAAGGGGGAAGCGCAAUCGGCGGCGGCGACAGCGGUACAGCAGCAGCGUCCGCGACGCGCAGAGCGUCGUCCGCAGCUCAGCCUAUCGCAGGAGUUGACAGCGCCGUUCCGCGCGCACGUGCCGGCCGCUGUCAGUCGCGCGCGUCGUCGCCUUGCUGCGCUGCUGCGGUGCGCUCCGCGCGUUGUCCGGCGACCCGACCUCGUCGACGUCCUGCGCCCGACUGACGCCGCUCCGCGGCGCGCUCGAUUCCCCCCGACAGGCGGGCGCCGGCAGAGCCCCUGGCGGCCGGCCUCCGCACGCAGGUGCUCGCGGCGGGGCCGCGGCGCGGCGCCACCUCCGCGGCCCCUCCCACUACUCGCGCGGCCCGCGCCGUCUCCCUCCCGCCGCUCUGGGCGGCGCCGCAGCCACGGCGGUUGCGCGCUGCGCGCUCUCCAAUUCGAAGACGCGGCGGCCGGGAGGUUGGGCCUGUCCGCGGACAGGUGA